AUGAACCACAUGGACGAUUGUUUUGCUGGUGCACCGCAAGAGUUUCUUAUAUGCAUCACUGUGCAUAAGGCGGCAAAUACAGGUGUCUUUACGGGUGAACUAUAUGUGAAAAUAAGUCUAGAUAAAGUGAGCAAAAAUACAAAGACGCAUGCGAACUCGGAGAAUCCAUUCUUUAAUGAGUACUUUGUAUUCGAGUUUCACUGUACACUCACUGAGCUGUUGCGUUUAACUGUGCUCUUCGAGCUCAAGAAAUAUUUGCUUUAUAAGAAGAAUGUUUGUCUCGGUGAGUUGUUAAUCGACUUGCAUAGUGUGUGGAGUCAACCUAGUCACAGUUACUUCAAGAAAUGGGGUCGUCUAGAGGCACCCUUAAGUGAGGAACCUCCGGGGGAUGAUGUAAAGGAAACAAAUGCCCAUUUGCAGAUAGACUUGGCCAUCAUAUCGCAGCAUAGCCCAGUGAAAACCGGAUUAACGCAGGACGAUCUUGGACCGGAGAAUAUAAACAAGUUCAUAACGACUCAAGACUUUGACGACAUCAAAUCCAACUUGUUGCAGGAUGUUGACUCGUUUACCCAGAGCAACAUUCGCUACUGUCUCAGACUAUAUCGGGGAAUAUUUGUGAAGAAAAGCAGCUACAUGAUACAAGUUUCCUUCGCUGGAUUUAAAGCCAAAACGCAAGUGGCUAAGCACACAAUGACACCGGAAUGGAACUUGGAAAUUACAUUUGCCUGGGUCUAUCCAUCAUUGGCGCAGCGUUUUCUCAUAUUGAUUUUUCUGCACGAGCAUCUGCAGUGGAAAUGCGUGGCCGAGUUCGAAAUGUCUAUUGAUGAAAUUGCCUUCAACGAUACACCGUCAUUGGGUCCCACAUAUCUGCAUCUUUACGAUCCUGUAAAUCCCCUGAACUAUGUGGGACGCAUCUUGUUGCAACUGCAUUCCAAUAUGCUGAGUGAAGAUCGUCCCUCCCAUGUGCUAAUUACCCAGACAAUAGAAAGCCUCGCGGAUACACGUAAUACUCUUGAUGAGAACUUCUUUGUAGAGUUUCUACCUCUUCUCGGGAAUAAUAUUCAAGCCAACGGUAAUUCUUAUAAAUUUGUGGUCAAGCUGGCUGAGAAAUAUUCCAAUGAACUGGUGGGUCCUUUGAAGACGCCGCCAGGAAAGUUUCGGUCAGGAAUCCAUACGAAAUACUUUCGCCAGGAUUCUCCAUUUCGUUCCUGUCUUUUCAAAUUGCGGCUGCCCGAUAAUCGCAUCAAGUUUGUUAGCGAUUUCUUUAUAAUCGACAUUAUUAACUUUAUGCGUUCUGAAAUGGAUACCUUUAAAAUCUUUCAACUAAAGUUUCCCAAUGAGCUAAAGAAUCAAGGAAAGUGUCUCAAGUUUAUAAUAAACAGCAUCAUGAAUAAAGUUAAGGAGGGCAUUGCAAGGAGUCACUUUCAUUACGACCUAGGAGAGGAUGCAACCAACUGGGAUAAGAAUAGGCAACGUUUCCUGCUCGAUUACUUUACGAAGUUGUCUCGAACUCUACGCACUCUUCGCCAGAAGAUCAAGCAGACUUUUCAGGAGCAUCUGGAUGCCAUAAUUGUAGAUAUUGCCAACGAGAUACAACGUCUGGUUGGAGAGCUCAGUUCUCUAGCGAAUUCGCUGCGUGUUCAGGACGAUUGGCCGGAAUUGUUGUUGACCUUAAGUGCAGGAGGGAAAGUCCUGGGUACGUGUCGACUGAAUGCCAAACAUUUCCUCUUCAUUCAGAAGCUGCAGAAGUAUCAAUCAAUCAAUCAAUGCUGGAAGGUCAAGAGUUUUGUCUUUAAGGGCGCCGGAUGUGCUCACAGCUGUGCGAAUUGUGGUUGCAGUGUGGGCGUUAUUCUGGGAUGUAUAUCCAUUGUCCUAGAUCGAGAGAGACGUGAGUUCCUAUCCUGCAUUGCCGGCGAUUGGUCCUCCGUGGACUUCAUGAUAUGGCAACCGAAUGUGGUGCAGACUCUGAUUAGCUGUCAGGUCUAUGUCCAUCAGGCCAAAGUGCGACCUGGAGCUGAGCACAAACCCCUCUCCGACAGUCAUGUCUCUGUGUACUUUGCUGAGCAGGCAGCUGAGUCACAGAAAGCUCCCGCUACCCUUUCCCCCAUUUGGAAUACUGUUAUCAAAUUUAAGGUGCUCGCUUUGCCAGGCAGCAUCAGUUGGUAUCUGCAGAAUCCCCCCUUAAUCUCCGUUGAGUUUCAUAGCUCGGAGUCCGAUUUUACCGGCAAUGGACAUACUGUGGUGAGUGUGAUAAGCGGGGAGAAUGAAGCCGAGUCGGGUUGGGGUGAUGGAGGCAGAUGCUGGCAGAGAACUCCUCUUACGAAACUACAGAAACUGAAAUCAGUUUCUCCUCCUCCUCUGAAAUGGGUGCCCGUGGCAAGGAAUGGUAUAGUCUUAGCCGAGGUCUUGAUGUCUGCAGAGUUUACAGAGUUGGUAGGUGAAACUGAUGUCUAUAAGUUUGAAAAGGAAACAGAGUUGACUGUUGGCAUUCCAAUGGACAUCCGACCCAACAUGUUGAACUACGUUCUGGAAGUGAUCUUCGUUGGACUGAGAAAUUAUACAAAGAGCACCCUGAGCUCGGCGGGCAAAAGAAGAGCCAAGGUUAUGAUGGCAGAUCUGGUGCUGUCCAGUGGACUUUCCACAUCCCGUCUGCGGAAUAGCAUCAACUUUCUGGUUGCCUAUGCCUCCGGCGUUGUCAGUCUACCCGAUCAGCAGGAAUACUGGCCGGCAAUGGUAGCCACUGAUGUGUUGGUUAAUGCCUUCAACAAGGAGUCAACACUGGGAGCUGCUCUCAUACCCAGUUCGACAAGUUUCCUGCAAAAGGAGAAGACCUCCAAGUGCGUAAGGAAGCCGGAAUAUAGUGAGGAUAGCCACGUUCAAUCGUCAAUUAUAACUGUGGAGUAUGAGGACGAAACAGCCUUGGAGGAGACGGAGGAUGAGAGAAUUGAUCCGGUCAACAGUUGUUGGAAAAGGAUCAAGAUUGCAUUGGGUUUAAAUGCGGCAACCUUUGCCAAUAAGCUUGCCUUGAAGUAUGAUGAAUAUGCGGAGUCAAGUGAUCUGCAUGAGGAUAAGAGAUUCACCUGGUGGACAAAAUUCUACAAUUCCGUACACGAUGAUCGGCAGGAUAGGUCACAUCUCUGCAAGCACAGUCUGGUCAUCUAUCCCAACGAAUUGGAGGCGCAACCGCAGUUUGGAUUUCUCCAGGAUUGGGCUGUACCUGUGCCCCUGGUGCACGGGGUGAAGUUCAAGAAGCAUGGUCCUCCCAAAGAGGAUAUCUAUGCCACACUGAAGCUGCAGAUUAAGUUGACGCCCUGCCAUUGUUCCGCUCCCGAUGACUCUGGUGGGGGAGACAUGUUGCGUCCAUUAGUUCAGGAGUCCAGUCAAGUCAAGUCUAUUACGGAUACAGUAAACCUCACUGUAAGAGUCUACGUAGUUCAGGGCAUACAAAUCCGUCCCAGAGAUUGGACAUCCGACUCGGAUUGUUAUGUAAAAUUAUCGCUAGGUGGAAAAAUGGUUUCGGAUCAGGCUCAUUAUGUGCCCAAUCAAAGCAAUCCCGUGUUUGGACGCUUCUUUGAACUGGACGCCACAUUACCAGCUGAUCCCAUACUGGAGCUAGUGCUCUACGAUCACGACAAGCGCAAGGAUGAAAUCAUUGGCGCUACUCUCAUCGAUUUGGAGGAUAGAUGGCAUAGCAAACACCACGCCACAGUAGGAAUACCCAAGGAAUACUCACAAGUUGGCUACAAUCAAUGGCAUGACAUUUAUUUACCAUCUGAAAUCCUGGAGAAUUUGUGUCAAGAGGUUGGCAUUCAACCGCCUUACUUCUAUGGCAACAUCAUCGAAGUGGAUGGCAUGCUCUUUGGAGAUGAGACAGUUAUAGCCAAAACCGAGGAGUUGCAUGAACGUCUUAGUCUUACAGUCCUUAAAAAUCUAGAUAAGCUGCCUUCGUUUGGUUAUAAACUGGUGCCGGAGCAUGUGGAAACGCGUUCUCUAUAUCACGAUGAUUACCCGGGAGUGGAACAGGGCAAAAUCCAGAUGUGGAUAGAGCUGUUUAAGUCCAGCGUAUUCAUACCGACACACAUAGACAUAACGCCAACUCCGCCGAUUGGUUAUGAGGUGCGAGUUGUGGUCAAGAAUCUAACCGGGAUUCCCUUCGGAGAUAAAAAUAUAUUUGGCAAACUAAUGAGCGACAUCUACGUGACCGGCUGGUGCCAGAAUGUGAACAAGCGCCAAACGACCGAUAUACAUUUCCGUUCGUUUGCGGGAGAAGCGGUUUUUAAUUGGCGCAUGAUAUUUACCCUCAAGUAUUCGCCCAAUGAGGACAUGAUGGUCAUAAGGCGAAAGGGCGGCCUCUUUGAGGAGAUCGAAAUCAAGACGCCGCCUAUUAUCUAUUUGCAGGUCUGGGAUAAAGAUUUCAUCACACGAGACGAGUAUCUGGGCGCCUUGGAGCUAAAUCUAUCGAAUCUGCCAGAGCCUUUUUAUACGGACAAGAAAUGUCAACUCUUUUCGAGCAAACGUAAACGCCUCAAUCUAUUUUCCCGAAAAUCAGUUAAGGGUUGGUUUCCGCUGGAGAGUUGCCCUGGAAUGCCUAAGCCACAUGGUGUAGGUUAUAAACCCAAUGAUCCAGUCUGAUAUUACAGACAUGCUCUUUGUUUUUAGGGUAAAAUAGAAUUACAGCUGGAUGUUUGCACGGAGACAGAAGCCUCCAAUUCACCUGCGGGCAUCGGUCAUGAUCCUCCCAUGGCGUUGGAGAGGCCAAGCCGCCCUAAAACAUCUUUCAAUCCCUGGACUCAUCCUUUUAAGUCAGUCCAGCUGAUUUUUUGGCCCGUCAUACGCAAAUAUGUUCUUUUGGCCACAUUUGUUAUUUUGCUUGGCUUGGGUUUGGUUCUCUUCUUCUCCAAUCUACCGAACAGUCUGAUGACCAUACCACUCGAGUGAUUUUCCUUUCAAUUUUCUAUUAAUUAAUUUUCUUAUUGUAUGUAAAUAUAGAAAUAUCUAUCUUAAUG